AUGGUGCAAACAGCGUUAGGCACGGGCUCAGCGCUCCCGCGUUGCUCAGGAGCACACGAACCCGGGCGCAGAGCAGCGGCACGCAGGCGAUGCCCCGCUCAGCCAAGAAAACAACACCCAGGCUCCCCGCGGCCAUUUCGCCCUGGGAAUCCGCUCCGGGCCAGGCGGGCCAGCGCUGCUGCUGUCCAGCCUUGCGGCUGUUCCCGGCUUUCCCUCCUCUCCCGAGCGAACGCGGGCCGGGAGCCGCGGCCAGCGCCACCUGGUGCCCGGCGCCGCGGCCAUGUCCCCUCACAGCGACACCCGCCCCGGGCCCUCGGGGUCCCUGCUGCCGGGAUCAGCCCAGAGUCCCUUUUACCCAGCCCCACGGCCGAAGAAAGGGCCGGGGUUCUUCGGCUCUGGUUCACAAGGUCUGCAGUGGGAAUUUGCUCUUCUGUCAAACGUGCCGUGUUGGAAUCUGGGAAUCCAAACCACCAAAAAGUCAACUCUGCAACCAUGACUCAACAGGAAGUCAGAGCAGCAUCUCGACUGCAUCUUCAAACAAGACUUUUGCAAGCUGAUACUCACAAGUGGCUCUGUUUAGAGGAAAACAUCUCAACAUCUCCUGUUGUUGAUUAGCUGACCCUGCUGAGGUGUGGGAAUGUGUACGUGGAAAAUGGAGGAUAAAUUGAAGCAAACAUAUCACCACCAUGUGGAUAACUGCACAAACCAUGCAGCACUGGAGAAAGUCACCUAUAGGUACUGGCCUGUAAGACGUUCCUUCCCAACUUAUCUGUCACGUGCCCUCAGCAGCAGAAGUCCAAAGCUCCUUGAAGGCAACAACCAACAUCACCACCACGUGGCAACAGAGAGAAAUUAACUGCUUAAAGUCAUUACGUCGCUUAAAGUCUUUUUACUUGCUGUGUGCUCCCGAGUUGGUCAUCUCUGAAGUACGUGCUGCCACCUUCCUGGAUACACAGCUCAACCACAGAGCAGAAUGUGGGGCUCCAGCAGCAGCCCAGAGAGCUCCCACAGCCAUGGCUGAGAGCAUUCCAAUAAAACAGAUCUAACCAGGAGUGACUUUCACAGGCCCAGGGAAAUACUAAAGGCAUGCUUCCAGGAUCACAGUGAGCCAAUCUGGCUGCAAGCUUCUUUCAUGGAGGAGCCAUCCUUUCCCACCACUUUUCUGCACUACCAUUGCACAUGUCUGUAAAACAGCUGUGCCUUAGCUAGAAUAGUUUGCAGUCAUUUUACCUCCUUGACCUGCCUACCUGUGCUGCUGCAGAAAUGCUGGUUGGCAGAACAGGGCACAGGGUAGGGGCAGCAAAAAUGUGACUGUAAAGAUCAAGACUGCUUCUUAAGGGCAACAGCAAUUUGGACCCCAACUACAAAACACCCUUCAGGGCAUCCAAAAAUGCUUUCUGAUGAAAUCUCUUGGUCAUAAGAAUAAUUAGACCUUACCCCCACUUAUCAGAGAGACCACAACCAAGAGGUCCACCUGAGGCAGCAGUAUGGAGCAAAAGGACCUAAUUUCCUCUCUUCUACCUGCUCCAACUAGAGGAGCAAGCUGCCAAGACAUAUGUACACAAUAUGCUACACACUCUUUUUUCCUGGGCAGGUCCAAUCUUUCUAUACUGAGAGAACUCUUAUAGUAGAAAAGGAUUGAACUUUGGAGCAGGACAUUUAAAAUGGCAUCUGUCUACCAGGCAGCAAAGUGAAAAACUGUAAUCUCUCUCUUUUUACCAUGAAGAACUUGUUCCCACCAGUUAACAACAACAGUUGCUGUUGGGGUUAAAACUGUCAGUACCAAUAAAACCCACACCCACCUGCUCUCCAGAUUUGAAGUGAAGGCAGCUGUAUUCACGUGCUGAUGGUGAGACCACUUUUGUCUUCCUGCCUUCAGGACUGAAAGCAGCAUCACUUCUCACUGCUGACCCCUUUCUGUAUGGAGAUAUUAAAUCCCAUUUAAGCACCCCACCUUUGGAUGCUCUACAAUGCUGCCAACUGUUUGACACAUUGAAAAUGAAGACUCAGAUUCCUCAUACUUGUUUCAUAUUAGCUGUUCAUAACAAAGGUGAAGCAAAGUGUCCCUAACUGCUCCUGUCCCUCUAGGCUGUGAUAGACCAGCUUCAGGGAAUUUAAGUACUUUGUAAAAAUGAGGAGCUCAGAAUCCCACUGAGAUAUUUUUAGGGAAGAACCAUCCCUAAGCCAGCAAAAAAAUUCAUAAAGAAGCCAUUCUUUUCCUUUCCUAGGUCUGAAUCUGGAGCCAGGCCCUCAUAUAACUCCAGCCUCCUGGUAUUAAAUGAUUGAUUUUUCCAGUUGGGAGUAUUGGAUGUACUUCUUGUAAACACUUCUCAUUUGGGACCUGACUCAAUUCAUUAUGUUGAAAGAUCUCUUCAGGCUGCAUCCUCUCCAAGGCAAUAUAAAUAACACCCACACCAGCCUUAUCUGGGGGGCAGAAAACCCCAGCUCUAAAGACAGAACUCAGCACAGGGACAUACUGCUGAUGCAAUGUGCAAACAAAAGUAGGCUCCAAGGAAUAAAAACUGAGUGAGGCCCAUACUUGAUCUCUGUACAUACAUGUCUGAAAAUGAGCAGCAAGAAGCAAACCUUGAGUGAACUAGACCCACCAAGUCAAAAUAAUACCUCAUCACCCAAAACAUUAUGUAAUUUAUCCCCAAACUAUUUUGAUUAAUUUUAAAAAUGAAACCUAUCUGAAACACAUAAAACUCAGUAUAAUCCAGAGGACCAAGUUUGGGGAUUUCAUUAGGUACUGUCAGGAAAAAUGGGCUGAAAAUAUAGUAUGGAUACUUGAAACAGUUCCAUACUCCCACUCUCUCUUCCUCUGC